CCCGCUCCGAUCCGCCCCGGCCGUGGCGGGACCGGCGCUGAGCCCGCCGCAGGCCCGAGGGCGUAGGCGGACGGGCUGUGAUGUGCGCAGGCGCGACUGCGGCCGGGAUCCACAACAAAGGGGAGACGGGUUGCGGCGACCACCCUUUCCCGGUUGCCGGGGGUGGGCGGUGGGCGGGGACUCUGCCUCCGCCGGCGCGGUGCAUGCCGGGACUUGUAGUCCCGGCGGCGGCAUUCCCGCCAUCGGGAAGCGCGACGGAUUCCUGGCGUGGCUAGUCUCAGCUGCGGCGGCCGACGGCAACGGUCGGCCACCAGGAGCCGGAGAGAUCCCCGCAGGUGGCUCCUCCGAGAGCCCAACGCGGGAAGGUAGAACGGGCGGAACUACCGUCCCCCAGCCUCGCCGCGGGGAGCCCCCGGUGCCGGCGCACAGCGCCGGCUGCUCCCCGGCGGCCAGCGGCGUCCCGAUGCGGGAGCCCCGCGGGGAGCGCGCCCUGGAGGAGUCCCUGGAGCGGUACCAGAGGCGCCUCCGAGAGCGUGCCAGUGAGAGCAUCUCUCAACUGAAACAUGCCUUGGCAAAAGGUGAUGGCACUGGAUUUGACCACUCCUCUGUGGAUGAGGACAGUGACAAUGCAGACAGGGCCAGUGACGACUGUGGGACUGCAGCCAGUCAGGAACUCCAGCACAGUCAUGCAGUUAACCAACUUAAAAUUUUGUUGCAACAACAAGAAAGAAUGGAAAGCGAAGAAUCUCCCUCAAGAAGGAAGAAUUCAUUCCAUGAGGAGUUGUGUGGGGUAAAAGAUCAAGAACAGUCAGUUUUACUUGAAAAUGAGGAACUCCAUCAGAAGCUGAAAUUCUUAACUGCAGAAUACAUGUUGAGAGAACAAACUCUUCUUGAUGCCUCAGCCAAUACUCAGAAAUCCUGGCCUGUAGGUGGUAAAGGCUGCAGCACCCACCAGCCUGUCACCUCCUCACUGACACAUAACAAAGAUCAGGCUUUUGUGGCACCAGCUUCUGGAGACAAAGCCAGAUGGCCCAUAGAACUGGAGAAUCUAAAACUUCUUUAUCAAGAAAAAGUCAAUAUCCUUGAUGAUCAAAUACAGUCUCUAAGAAAAGACCUUUCAGAAUCUCAGAAGACAUGCAAAGAUUUGGAAGGAAGGCUGAAACACCAGAAGUCCCUGUUUGCAGCCAGGAAUUCUGGCCAGGUUGGUGGUCUGUGCCUGAACUGUGCCCAGCACGAGGCCAUUCUCGCACAGACUCACUGCAGUGUCCACGUGCAGACCAUCGAGAGGCUGACGAGAGAAAGAGAUGACUUGAUGGAUGCACUUGUUUCAGUGAGACAAAGCAUAAAAGAGAUGCAGCAAAGAGAAUCUAAUGCUUGUAAGCAAGUUGAACAUGCUGUGCAAAUGGCAGAAGAGGCCAAUUUUGAAAAAACAAAGGCUCUCAUCCACUGUGAUCAACUGAAAAGUGAGAUGGAACGACAGAAGAAUUAUCUUGAAAAGGAGUUGGCUGCCCAACUAAAUAAGAGGGCUGAUGAAAAAGAAGCAUUGCGGCGGGAAAUGAAGAAGGAAAGGGAGGACUUGGCAGCAAUGGUGACAGCUUUGUCUAAGGAUGUGGCUGUUCUGGAGGCCCAAAUAGAGAGAAUUACAAGAGAAAAGAAUUCUCUAGCUAGCCAGUUAGAAGAAUCACAGUGCCAGCUUGCAUCUCAUGAGAUGGAGAUGAAUAAGGUGUGUGGAGAAAUGCGCUAUCAGUUGAAUCAAACCAAAAUGAAGAAGGAUGAGGCAGAAAAGGAGCUCAGAGAGUACAGAACAAAAACUAUAAGGGAGCUUGAAAUUAAGGACCAGAAAAUAGAAAAACUGGGAUUAGAUCUCAAUGGGAACAAACAGCGUUUGGAACAAGCCCAGCAGGAUGUGACAGAAGCCAGAGAGGAGUGCCUAAAACUGACAGAACUGCUGAGUAAAUCUGAGCACCAACUGCACCUCACCAGAUUGGAGAAAGAGAACAUUCAGCACAGCAUUAGCAAUGAAGCAAAGGCCCGAGCCCUUCAGGCCCAGCAAAGAGAGCAGGAGCUGACACAGAAGAUGCAGCAAAUGGAGGCCCAGCAUGAGAAAACUGUAGAAGAACUGGAUUCAUUGCUGACCUCCCAGAAUACAUUCAUAGCAAAAUUAAAGGAAGAAUGUUUUGUAUUGGCAAAGAAGUUGGAACAAAUGUCAGAAAAGUACAGAUCUGAAGUCAACCAGCUUAGUCAGGAAAAAGAGUAUCUUCAUGGCAGAUUGGAGAAGAUGCAGAAACGGAAUGAUGAAUUGGACCAACAAUGUAUCCAGCAUGGGAGAAUGCAUGAGAGAAUGAAGUCAAGGUUAAAGCAGCUUGACAAGCACUGCCAGGCCACUGCCCAGCAGUUAGUGGAGUUGCUCAACAAACAGAAUCAGCUCUUCAAAGAGAAGCACCUGCUUACAGAAGAGGUGCAGUUUCUGAGAACACAGGGAAAAAAAUGGGAUGCAGAUCUCAAACAGGACACAGAUGGAAUGAAGUAAAAACCUGGAUGAAUAAAGAGAAAUGAGCAGAAGUCUGCUCUGCACCUGGCUGAAACUUGUCUGAGGCUCACCCAAAGACACCUCUGCAGAAAACAGGCACACUUGCUAGCUAAUUUCAGCUGGUUUCUAUUUGGUUUUAACUACAGAAUCACAAAUAUUUUGAAGCCUUACCAGCCUACCAAACUUUCUAGGAUGACAGCUGAGACUUUUCUGAAAAGACUAGGCUUGCAAGCCAGUUUUAACAGCUAUUAUGUGGUGUGGAUGUCAAUAAUUUGUACAAUGUUUAUAAAAUGUUUUUAUCUAUUUUCAUAAUUGAACAUACAUGUCUAUAUUAUUUACAGACUGAAAUACCAAUAAACCUAAUAGGUUCUCUAGG